GAGAGAGAAGAGCCGCGGAUCUCUCAGAGAGCGUCAUUAGGCUUUUAUUUUCAUCUCUCGGCCUGGAGGCUGGUGUGAAAUAAUACAAGAGGAUCUGAUCUUCAAAACAACCGAAUAAAUCUUCCCUGAUGUGGAUAUAUCUUCUAAAUAUAUGGAUAAAUAUCAUUGGUUUAAUAUUUAACGGGAAUCUACAGAGGAGAUCAAGAAAGGAGCCGACGGUCCCAGUCGAUCACCGGGGACCCGAACCUGUCCAAUCCGCCCAGAGUCCGGUCUCCCCUCGCUGCUUCUAGCAUGAUGUCUUACCUCAAACAGGCCCCGUACGGCAUGAGCGGGCUGGGCCUGAGCGGAGCCGCCAUGGACCUGCUGCACCCGUCCGUGGGUUAUCCCGCCAACCCUCGAAAGCAGCGGCGGGAACGUACAACCUUCACCCGGACGCAGCUGGACAUCCUGGAGUCUCUGUUCGCCAAAACGCGCUACCCAGACAUCUUCAUGAGGGAGGAGGUGGCGCUGAAAAUCAACCUGCCAGAGUCCAGAGUGCAGGUUUGGUUCAAGAACAGGCGAGCCAAGUGUCGGCAGCAGCAGCAGAGCAACAACAGCGCCAAGGUAAAACCAAUGAAGAAGAAGUCGUCCCCGACCAGGGAGAGCACUGGAUCCGAGAGCAGCGGCCAGUUCACUCCUCCGGCCGUGUCCAGCUCUUCCUCCUCCACCUCUACCUCCUCCUCUUCCUCUUCCUCUGUCUCCUCUGGUCUUGGCGGUCCUGCUUUGAUCAGCACUUCUACCUCCGUCACCGCUCCGGUGUCGUCCAUCUGGAGCCCGGCGCCGAUUUCCCCAGCCCCGGCACCGGCCAACCUGCCCGACCCGGUUGCUCCAACCAGUGCAUCCUGCAUGCAGCGCUCCGCAACCUCCUCCUCGAACGCCGGAGCAGCUUCAUAUCCGGUCUCCUACAGCCAAACGGCGGCGGCGUACAGCCAGGGCUACCCGGCCUCGGCGCCGGGCUCCUACUUCAGCGGGGUGGAGUGUGGCUCCUACCUGGCACCCAUGCAUUCCCACCACCACCCGCACCAGCUCAGCCCCAUGACAGGCUCCUCCAUGACUGGACACCCACACCACCAUAUUGGCCAGACGACGGGCCACCACCACCACCACCCGCCACAUCACCACCAGACGUACAGCGCGCCCGGCUUGGCCUUUAACUCCACAGACUGUCUGGAUUACAAGGAGCAGACUGCAGCUUCAGCCUGGAAGCUCAACUUCAACGCUACCGACUGUUUGGACUACAAAGACCAAGCCUCUUGGCGCUUUCAGGUUCUGUGACUUGCUUAGUAUAUUCAAAGACUUUCUUUUUGUUCGUUUUUUGUAAAUUGAAGAUCCCGAAGCUAAUAGAAAAGACAUUUUUAAAGGGGCAGUGUUAUAAAAAAUUUACGAUUAUUAUUAUUUUUUUUAGCGUUUCAUCAUGUUAUAAUCUUAUUCCCUCAUCAAAACCAUACCUGUAGUGUUUCUCUGAUUCAUUCAUGCAUAUUUGAGAAAUCCUUUUAUCUCCCCUGGAAAGCUGCACAAAACACCUAGGUGGACCUAGCUCCGCCCCCACUCAGCUCCUUCAGACUAACCAGCAGCAAUUAGCAAAAAUCUGAUGUAACUGCACAUUUGCUGAACUCAUCAUACGAGCCAUUUCUCAGUGAAACGCUUGUAAAGAACACUGUUAAAGAGUUGAAGAAGAGCGAUGGGUAUCACUUUAUUUGAAAUACUGUGCAUAAAACUGACAUGACACUGUCAUAAACAAGGAGUGUUCAUGAAUGAUUUUGACCGUUGACAUGAAGUUUCAUUCAGUAAAUGAGGACACAUAUUGCAAAGUUGCACUAAAAGUUGAAUUAAAAGUCCAUUAAAAGUGUAAACUUUGCAUAAUAACCCUUUUAAUGGAAAGUUAUAUGAAAAUGACCAAAAAAAGUUCAUUUAAAGAGUCAACGUUGCAUUAAAAUGUGAUUACUUACUGAAUGACACUUCAUGACAACAGUCAUAAGCAUUCAUGUUCAUGACUGCUGUUAUGUCAUGUUUAUGACACCAUCACGUCAGAAAUAAAGCGUUACGUUGUGAUGACUUCCUGAAGGCGGAGUUUCGGAAAGAGCUGGAGUUUUUACAGAGACAGAGACCCAAUUUCAAGGCUUUCAAUUACAAAGUAAAAUUUCUUUUAAAUCAUUUUUGAUGUAUAGAAUUUUUUUAACGACUUAAAUAAACAUAGUUACUUAAAGUUGUGCUGUAAAAGUGGCACUAUGUGCCUGGAAGACAUAAUACUGCCCCUUUAAAAACGAAUCUGUGAAUGAACUGAAACCAUGCACUGAGCAGCUAAACCUCGAGUUCAACCCUGCUUUUACUUGUGGAUUAUUUUUCUACUCCAGACUUCGGAAAAGAAAAAAAAAAAGGACUUAUUUCCAACUGAAGGCCUUUAAGAGGAAAACUCCUCUGGAGAUACACACAGUCUGGGAUCACCUCAGCGAUUAUUCCCUGAAAACAAAAAAAUAAAAACAUACAAGAUGGGGAGAAACAAAGUCACCUGUUGGACAUUACGACGGGCUAAGAUCUUAUUUUUAACAACAGGAUGCUGCUAGGAUUUUCAGCCUGAAUCUCAGAAACUCCAUUUUACAGGGGAGGGUCAGAGAACGGUUUGCAGCACUUGUCUGGGAUUGUCACACUUUCCUAGUUGCUCUUUGCAAGGGAAAGAAAAGCAAAAUGUGAAUUUGUAUCACAAUG